AUGACACGCGGUACUGCAGGCACCGCCCUGUUCCGCCGCGUACCGGCCCGUGGACACCGCCUCCGCGCCGCCCAGUGCCGCCGCCAGAGCCCAGAGCCACGUACCGUUCCGUGGACACCGCCUCCGCGCCGCUUAGUGCCGCCGCCAGAGCCCAGAGCCACCGUAGUGUCGCGAGUGCCACCGACUCGGCACCGCCCGUGCCGCCAGUGCCCCGCCAGAACCAUCAGGAGGGCACGCGAUCCCACCCAGAGCCCAGUGCCACCGCCUCAGCACCGCCCUGUUCCGCCGCGUACCGGCCCGUGGACACCGCCUCCGCGCCCCCCAGUGCCGCCGCCAGAGCCCAGAGCCACGUACCGUUCCGUGGACACCGCCUCCGCGCCGCUUAGUGCCGCCGCCAGAGCCCAGAGCCACCGUAGUGUCGCGAGUGCCACCGACUCGGCACCGCCCGUGCCGCCACUUCAGCGCCGUCCGAGCUGA